ACGUCUUCCUGCUUGUUGUUCUGCAAGAUAGACUAGAUUUUAUUCUAAGAAAAAGUUCCAUCCUAGAAUAUAAUAUGAUAUAAUCUUAUGUUAUUAUAAUAAUAUGUAUGGUUUAAGAUGUAAACACUUCCUGACGCACAGUUCAGUAGGUAUCCAGGAUUCCUAGGUUGCAUGACAGAUGAAACCACGCCCGAGGGAGGACAAGCCAAAAACUUCCUUAAAGUCACUUCUGCAAUCGCAACGCGCACUUUAUUCGGAUUCUCUGGAGAAGAAGGUUCAAGCAUGUCGGGAGUGGCAUCCACUUUGGCCAAGAAGCGAGCCCGGGCUGCGGGUUUCGGCACCAACGCCAGCGCCAACAAGUACCUGAACCAGGACUAUGAGGCGCUCCGGAGCCAGUGCCAGAGCCAGGGCCAGCUUUUCUGCGAUUCUUAUUUCCCAGCUGCGCCUGAGUCCCUGGGCUUUCAGGAGCUCGGACCAAAUUCCUCCAAGACCAGGGGUGUGCAAUGGAAAAGACCUGGAGAGCUGUGCUCCAGUCCUCAGUUCAUCAUUGGAGGAGCUACACGGACCGAUAUCUGCCAAGGAGCUCUGGGGGACUGCUGGCUCUUGGCGGCCAUUGCCUCUCUCACGAUGAACGAAGAUGUGAUGGCCAGGGUGGUCCCUAAAGGCCAGGAUUUUGGAUCUGGCUAUGCUGGAAUCUUCCACUUUCAGUUCUGGCAGUUUGGCGAGUGGGUGGACGUCGUCAUUGACGAUCGGCUACCCGUGAAGGAUGGAAAGCUGCUGUUUGUCCACUCGGAAGAAGGCAACGAGUUUUGGAGCGCCCUAUUGGAAAAGGCCUACGCUAAGGUGAACGGCUCGUACGAGGCUCUGUCCGGAGGCUCCACCACCGAAGGUUUUGAGGAUUUCACCGGUGGAAUUGCUGAGCAGUACGAGCUGAGGACCGCGCCAGCAAACAUAUUCCAGAUCAUCAAGAAAGCGCUGGCGUCUGGAGCACUGCUUGGCUGCUCCAUAGAUAUCACGAGUGCUGCUGAUUCAGAGGCCAUCACUCGGCAGAAACUGGUGAAGGGACACGCCUACUCGCUGACAGGGGCUGUCGAGGUCAAUUACCGUGGCGGUUUGGAGAAGCUGGUGCGCAUGAGGAACCCGUGGGGUCAGGUGGAGUGGACUGGAGCCUGGAGUGAUGGCUCGUCUGAGUGGAACUCUGUGGAUCCUUCGGAGAGGCCAAACGCCAACGCUGAAGAUGGAGAGUUUUGGAUGGCGUUUUCCGAGUUCCAGCGACAGUACUCGCGUAUCGAGAUCUGCACCCUGACCCCAGACGCCAUCGUUAGCGACCAAGUCAAGCCAUGGAGCGUGACCAACUAUAGCGGGACCUGGAGGAGGGGCUCCACAGCGGGAGGGUGCAGGAAUCAUCCUCAAACGUUCUGGAUGAACCCGCAGUUCGUUAUCAAGGUGAACGAAGAGGACGACGACCCGAAUGACAACGAGACGGGCUGCAGCCUCGUCGUGGGUCUGAUCCAGAAGAACCGGCGCCGUUUAAGAAAGGAGGGAGGGGACAUGCACACCAUCGGCUACGCCAUCUACGAGGUGCCUUCACAGUUCCAAGGCCAGACAAACUUGCACUUGGACAAGAACUUUUUCCUGACACACGUGCAAAAAGCUCGCUCUGAGACCUUCAUCAACCUGCGCGAGGUCAGCACGCGGUUCAAGCUGCCUGCUGGCGAAUACCUCAUCGUCCCCUCCACCUUCGAGCCCCAAAAGGACGGCGACUUCUGCCUGCGUGUCUUCUCCGAGAAGCAGACUGAAACACAGCGGUGCGAUGAUCCUGUCGAUGCUAAAUUAGUAAACGAAACCGUGUCCGACAGUGAAGUAGAAGAAAGCUUCAGGAGCCUGUUCAUGAAACUGGCAGGAAGUGACAUGGAGAUCUCUGCUGCAGAGCUCAAAACAAUACUGAACAAAGUUGUCUCGAAAAGAACUGACAUUAAGACAGACGGCUUCUCCCAGGACACAUGUCGCACCUUGGUCAACCUCAUGGAUGACAGCGGAAAUGGGAAGCUUGGUCUGGGCGAGUUCGCCACGUUGUGGAAGAAAGUGCAGAAAUACAUGGACAUCUAUAAACAAAAUGACAUGGAUGGUUCCGGGAAUAUAAGCACACCAGAGUUUCGUGGGGCGCUGGCGAAAGCUGGAUUCACUCUGAAUGAUACCAUCUACCAGCUGUUGGUGGCUCGCUAUGCUGGUCCUGACCUCACCAUUGACUUUGAUGACUUUGUGGGCUGCCUUAUGCGAUUGGAGCUGAUGUUCCGAGUUUUCCGGAAGAUGGAUCCACACAACACCGGUUUCUUGGAGCUGGACUUUCAAAUGUGGCUGUGUUUAACUAUGAUCUAAACAGCACCACCCAGAGCGCAGCAGACAAGCUAAGAGUCCCAUACUAAAAAUUCUCCAUUGCUUAAACAUGAUUAUUAAGGCAGGCUGUAUGCAUAAGGAACAUCAGGAACAUUUAUUUUAUUUUAUUUUUUUGUCUACAAUAGAUUUAGUUGGAACGUUAAACGGGUGCUAUUAUACCAUAUACAUGGAAGUAGCAUGCUGUUAUGGGAUUGUUAGCUGUGCGUAAAAUAUAAAACUAUACUAAUUAAAGAUUUAUGUCUAAGCAGAUAAUAUUAUAGGCUAUAUAUAUAUAUAUAUAUAUAUAUAUAUAUAUAUAUAUAUAUAUAUAUAUAUAUAUAUAUAUAUAUAUAUAUAUAUAUAUAUAAAUAAUAAUAAAUAAAAGAUUAUCUUGUCACUUUCUGGAUGCUUUUUUGAUAGACGUUUACCAAAGAUUGAAUUGUUUUUAUAUUAUCGUGAAAAAAUCGAGCCAUCACAAAAAAAAGUUCAUGUUGCCUUGGAAUACACACAGGCUAAUAUCGAAUGUUUUAUAUAGCGUGAUAUUUGUUGAUGUGACGAUAUUAGAUCAUUCAAAAUCUGCCCUUUGUUUUAUUUGCUUGAAGGAUAAGGGAUGAAGGUGAGGGAAAAUUAGGGCUACCUAUAAAAAAACACUACGCUACUCUGAAAUUUAUUAAAUUUUAUGGAGAAAUUUAUAAUUUUGUGAUAUAUCUGACAGUUAAAGUACCCCUGAGGUUUUAAUUGAAAGAUUGAAAGAGAGAGGAUUCAGGGAGCGUCACACAUGAGCUCAUUUUGUGACAUCACAAAAUAGACACAAGAGCUUGAACCUAUCACAGAAGCGUAUGCUAAAAUAUGCAAAUGAUUAGAAGGUAACUGGGAAUGUUUAGCUAGAAAGAAGACAUGUUUGGAUUGAAUGAAUCAUAGUUGUUAUGGUGUUUCGUAUGAAUCACUUCUAAUAUGACAAUGCUAAUCAAAAACUGCGGGUUGGCGCACACAUACAGGGCCACAUUUGGUCGUGUUGCUGAAGGGGUGGAGUUUUUGCCAUUUUCAAUUUGCAUAUUAAUGCGUAUUCAUAGAUCCUUGCAUUCUUUGAAGGGAAAGAUGUAGGCCUGCUAAUUUUAGGUGUUUUUUGGCAUUGAAAAGCAUAUUAAAUAAUUUGUUUUCCAACUUGCAUUACAUUUCUGAUUUAAAAUGAAACCCUCAGGGGUACUUUAAUCAAAAAUGCUGCAUGAUUUUGUUGUGAGUUUUGUGUUUUGGUGGGUGUUUGGUAGAGUGGCGUUUUUAUUGUUUGUCUUUUUUUUCUCAGCGGUGGUGUUCGGAGCUGUUUCACAAUGUACUGACAAAUCGAUGUAUUUCGGCUUUUCCUUAACAUUAAACAUCUUUAAAGGUU